AUGAAUGAAGAAAACACCGAAAAAGAUAAGGAAUUACCACAACAAACAAUAGAUGUGAGUGACAAAGAUAAAGAAGAGAAGAAAAGAGCACCUCCUCCACGGGCAGAUCCAUCCAAAAUGAAAGGUAGUGGGGGCAGUAGCCAAUCAUACAUGUUUUCGAGCUCAAUGACAAUGGAACAGGUUAAGGACCAGCUAGCUAAGAUAUUUGUUAAAGCUUAUGAACAAAAACAACUCAAUGAUGACACAUUAUCAGAUUAUCUUUCAGUACGUAAAUUAAGAAUUAUUAUUCGAUUACUUAAACUUACCGAUAAACCAGAAAGCUCUCUUAGAAAACCCAUUUUAUGCAAAUUGCUUCUUGAAUUUUUAAAUUCAGACCAAAUGAAGGUAAAAUACGAAAAAGCAAGUGAAGAAAGAGAAAAACAAGCAAAGCAGAGAGCAGAAAGAAGAGCAGAAAAGGCUGCGCAAAAAGCUCAAAUUCAGGCUGAACAAUUAGCAGAGCAGGCCGCCCAGCAAACAAAGUUGGAGUACACUAGAACUUCAAGAAAAGCUGCAGCUGCUGCGGCAGCCGCAGCAGCUGAAGAAAAACGCGAGCUUACGAAGAGCGAAUCUCAUGGAUCAAUGACGGAUUUGGAUAAAUUCAAAAAACAAUCUGGGCAAAUGUCUACUUCAUCAUCGAUUAUACAAGCCCCGCAAUUUUCUCAGCCAGUUUCGGGAAUGAGAUUUGAUUUGCAAUUUAAUACACUAAAGGAUUCAUCUAAGGCGUUGCAAUGCCUACAAAAGAUGAAUGCUUUUGUUUGGGAGCUAUCUGAUAGAAUUACUGAGCUUGAAAGAGCCAUUUCAAUCUUAGUUUUGCGAAUAUCUGAAGCAGAAAAGACACUGUUAUGA